AUGGAGGGAUCCAACAAUCGAGUAACAAGUACAGUAGAGGAAGAAGAAGAACCAGUCUUUUCAUUUGGGGUUAUAGCUGAUGUUCAGUAUGCUGAUAUCCCCGAUGGUUCCUCCUUCCUUGGUGUCCCCCGGUACUAUCGACAUAGCAUCACCGUGCUGCAAAGAGCGGUCCGAAACUGGAACCAACGCCAAAACUUGAGCUUCGUGGUGAAUUUCGGUGAUAUUGUUGAUGGGUAUUGCCCCAAACACCAGUCACUAGAUGCUGUGAAAAAACUAGUUGGUGAGUUUCAGAAAUUCAACGGCCCCACGUAUCAUAUGAUUGGCAAUCACUGCCUUUACAAUCUUCCCCGUGCUGAAUUGCUGCCAUUACUGAACAUUCAGAGCCGUGACAAUGGAUGUGCCUACUACGAGUUUUCGCCUGCCCCCGGGUAUAGACUUGUUGUGUUGGAUGGUUAUGACAUCAGUGCUAUUGGGUGGCCCGACGAUCAUCCGAAGACCUUGUUGGCACUGGAGAUCCUAAAUUCAAAGAACCCUAAUUCGGACAAGAACAGCCCAAAUGAACUGGUUGGUGUGGCCAGAAGAUUUCUCAAGUACAAUGGUGCUGUUGGAGGAGAACAAAUGGAAUGGCUAGAUGGAGUUCUCAAGGAUGCUACAGAACUAAAACAGAAUGUGAUUGUUUGUUGUCAUAUACCUUUGGACCCUGGUGUUGCAUUCCCAGGGUCUCUGCUUUGGAACUACGACGAGGUAAUGAAUUUGAUUCACAGGCAUGGUUGUGUUAAGGUUUGCGUAUCGGGGCAUGAUCACAACGGUGGGUACUCGAUUGAUGCUCAUGGCGUUCACCAUAGGUCACUUGAGGCAGCCUUGGAGUGUCCUCCUGGUACAGAUGCGUUCGGAUGUAUUGAUGUUUAUAAGAACAGAUUAGUGUUGUCUGGUAACAGUAGAAUGGCUAGCACCGAAAUUAGUUUUGGUCCUCAUGGAGAUUCUUAA